AUGCGGCCCAUUCCAGAACGGAACUUUGGUUCUGUUAGCCACUACACGCAGCACCAAGAGGAUGCGCAGAAGGCACGCCAUGACUACUUUCCCUAUCGGGAUGAGUUUCACCCCAGGUCCAAGAGGCUUUUGCAUGAGAUGGCCCUCAACGCCGUCAGUCAGUCCUUAGAGAGGUCAGGCAGCGUGGCCUCUGAUGACACCCGCUCUGUCUUCACGCUCCCUAGCACUGCGGCCAGCCGAAAGGCAGGCUCCAAAGCUUCCAGUGCCAAUCAGUCACUGAGAUCCCGAUCCCUAUCCAGCUCACGGCUGCCGACGGGAGACUCGCUCCGCGUGGGUGGUGGACAACCCGGGAUGUUGGCCAAACGCCGAGCACAGGCAUUCUUCAGGUCACCGAGCCAGUCCAAGUUCGAUCGCGACUGGUGCCUCGGCGUCUUGGAGCGAGAGGGACCUGCACCUCUUACCUCCACGAACUACACUGCCCGGAUGUAUAACGGCAGCCUGGACAAGUACGGCCAAGCGCUGGCCGAGAUGUCUGCAUUGCUGGGUGGAGAACGUGAGACGCAGCCCCGCGAGCGGACGAACAAGUAA